AUGGUCGCCGCUGCCGCUAAAAGCAAGAAGAAACAGCCUUCCAUCCCUAUUCAAGACCUAGACAUUCCUCAGUUGAAUACCUCUAGCAAUCCCCAAGCAAAGGUUCAGAAAAAGGGAAAAAAGAAAGGAAAAAAAUUUGCCGAAUCUUCCGAUGAUUUACAUCAAAUUUUAAACAAGGUCGCUUACGAAUUGGACGAUCGAAUCAAAUCCAAAUUACAAUUAGCUCAUGAACGCGAAGCCGCCAUGGGCUCCUCCGUCGCCUCUGCAGAAUCAGCUCCCUCAAAAAAAGAGACAAAAAAGAAGGACUCUAAAAAGGAUAAAAAGAGUAGCAAGUAA